AUGUCUUCACGGCCACCAUCUCAAGGCCGCGCCUACGGGCUUCUUCUUCUGAGCCUCGUACUCCUGCUCGUCUCCCGCCCUGCAGCGGCGUACAGCAUCAGACGCCAGGACAACACCACCAUCCAAGCCGGCCGCGAGCGUGUGAGCAUCAACAAGGGCUGGCGCUUCUGGCGCUCCGAGUUCAACCCGGACGGCAUCAUCUACGACCACCGCCCCGAUCUCGAGAACCUCACCGACGUCUUCGUCCUGAAGCCCUGGAUCCUCCUCUCGGCCAACGACUUCAUCAGCGACCCCGCCAAGCGCCACGAGCGUCCCAGCGGCGAGCCCACGCGCAAUGUGUCGUACGCGUCCGAGGGCUUCGACGACGCGGCUUGGGAGACGGUGAACCUGCCCCAUGACUGGGCUAUCAAGAGCCCUUUCUACACUGAAGAGGAUCCCAUUAUCGGUGGAGGAAUGGGUCGUUUGCCGGUGCACGGCGUCGGGUGGUAUCGUCGGAGUUUGACGGUGAACCCGGAGGAUGAGGGCAAGUCUAUCUACCUCGAUGUCGACGGCGCCAUGUCCUAUGCUAUGGUGUGGCUCAACGGGUAUCUGAUCGGAGGAUGGCCGUAUCCGUAUAACUCCUUCCGCCUCGAUCUCACCGCACACCUCAAGCCCGGCGAGGACAAUCUACUUGCUAUUCGUCUCGACAACCCGCCUGACUCGGCGCGCUGGUACCCUGGCGGCGGCAUCUACCGCAACAUCUGGCUGACCAAGGUCAGCCCGGUUGCUGUCGGUCAAUGGGGCACAUACAUCGUCUCCAAGGACGUCUCUGCCGAAUCCGCGACGCUCGACCUUGUCGUUGAAGUCGAGAACAAGGGUGACUCCGACCAAGAGGUAGAGGUCUCAACCGACGUUUACACUCUCGACUCCAAGACCGGCGAGGCUGGCGAGAAGGUCUCUUCGUUCCCUGCCUCAUCGGUCUCUGUUCCGGGAGGCAGCAAGGAAUCAGUCACGGCCUCGUCCACCGUCUCGAACCCUCAACUCUGGGGCCCGCCACCAACCCAACAACCGCACCGCUACGUCGCCAUCACAACCAUCUCCAUCAACGGCAACGUCGUCGAUACCUACUCGACCCGCUUCGGCAUCCGCUCCGUAACCUACGACCCCAACGAAGGCCUCCUCGUCAACGGCGAACACAUCCGCAUCCAGGGCGUCAACCAGCACCACGACCUCGGCGCCCUCGGCGCGGCCUUCAACACCCGCGCCGCGGAGCGCCAGCUCGAGGUCCUCGCCGAGCUCGGCUGCAACGCCGUCCGCAUGUCCCACAACCCGCCCGCGACCGAGCUCCUCGAGCUGACGGACCGCAUGGGCUUCGUCGUCAUGGACGAGGUCUUCGACUCGUGGUACCGCAACAAGACGGACAACGACUUCCACCUCAUCUUCCCCGAGUGGCACGAGCCCGACCUUCGCUCCUUCAUGCGCCGCGACCGGAACCACCCCUCCGUCGUCAUGUGGAGCUUCGGCAACGAGGUCUCGGAGCAGCAGAUCGGCGACCCGGGCACCGUCCCGGCCCUCGAGCUCCACGCCGUGGUCCGCGAGGAGGACCCCACCCGCCCCUCGACCGCCUCCAUGAACUACGCCAAGCCCAACAUGUCCUUCCCGACCGCCAUGGACGUCCUCAGCCUGAACUACCAGGGCGAGGGCAUCCGCGACACCCCCAACUACUCCAACCUGCCCGGCAUCAAGACGCACCCGCUCUACGCCGACUUCCACGCCGCCUUCCCGGACAAGAUGAUCCUCUCGAGCGAGACGGCCUCGGCCCUCAGCACGCGCGGGUCCUACAUCUUCCCGGUCGCCGAGGACUCGGGCGCGCCGGUGAACGACACGUCCGGGGGUAACUCGACGACGAUGCGCGUGAGCGGGUACGAGCUCUACUCGGCCAACUUCGGCGCGUCGCCCGACAAGGUGUUCGCGGCGCAGGACAGGCACCCCUUCGUGGCGGGCGAGUUCGUCUGGACGGGCUGGGACUACCUGGGGGAGCCGACGCCGUACUACUCGGCGCGCAGCUCCUACUCGGGCAUCGUCGACCUCGCGGGGUUCAAGAAGGACCGCUUCUUCCUGUACCAGGCGCGCUGGCGGCCGGAGCUGAGGGGCGCGCACGUGCUGCCGCACUGGAACUGGCCGGACCGCGUCGGGGAGGCGACGCCGGUGCACGUCUUCACGGCGGCGGACGAGGCGGAGCUGUUCCUGAACGGGGCGUCGCAGGGCCGCAAGACGCGGGCCGAGUACGCGUAUCGUUUCCGAUGGGACGAGGUCGCGUACGAGCCUGGCGAGUUGAAGGUCGUCACGUACAAGGACGGGGCGGAGUGGGCGACGGAGGUGGUCAGGACGGUGGGCGAGGCGACGCAGUUGAAGGCCACGGCCGACCGGACGACGAUCGCGGCCGACGGGAGCGAUCUUUCGUUCGUGACGGUGGAAGUGCUGGAUGGGAACGGGGACUUUGUGAGGUUUGCGGAGGACGAGAUCACGUUCAGUAUCAGCGGCCCUGGAGAGAUUGUUGCGACGGAUAACGGCGACCCGGCGGAUUUGGUCGCGUUCCCGUCGCUCAAGAGGAAGGCUUUCAGUGGUCUGGCUCUGGCGAUUGUGAAGUUUGAGGAGGGUGCUACUGGCGAGAUCACCAUUACCGCAUCUGGCGAGGCCCUCACGGAUGCUGUGGUUACCAUCAAGAGCCAGUAA